AUGUGGUUCAACAUCGCCACUCUUUUGGCUCUUGCCCCUUCUGUUCUCGCAGCAGUCACAGACAGUAGUGCUGAGAAGAAGCGCAAUGUCGUACCUGGAGGAUAUAUCGUCGAGUUUGAAGAUGUCAUGUCGAUUGCUUCGGACACCAAAUCCAGUUUCUAUUCUGACCUCUCAAAGAAAAAGAUGAACCCUACUCACCGCAUGGAUCUCUCUUCAUCUUUGUUCAAAGGACUUUCAUUCCAUGUGGAUACUGGUCUUGAUCAGGCUGUGGUCGCUUCAGACAUUCAGGCCAUGCCUAUCGUGCGCAAGGUCUGGCCCAUCUCGCUAUAUGACACCCAGGAUUUUGCAACCGCUCCCUACACCAAUGGAUCAAACUCUACAACUUCUUCUGAUACCUUCUCUACCCAUCUCAUGGGCCACGUUGACAGACUACAUGCUGAAGGUUUGACCGGAAAUGGAACUUUCGUUGCUAUCAUCGAUACUGGCGUUGACUAUCUUCACCCUGCUCUCGGUGGAUGUUUUGGUCCUGGCUGCAAGCACAAUCGCUUACUUGCAAAGGGUUAUGAUCUCGUUGGUGAUGACUAUGACGGCACUAACACUCCUGUACCCGACCCUGAUCCGUACUCUGCCUGUAACGAGCAUGGUACUCACGUUGCUGGUAUCGUAGGAGCUGACCCCAAUCCGUACAACUUUACCGGCGUUGCACCCGACGCAAUUCUAGGUGCUUACAGAGUCUUUGGAUGCUCCGGAAGUGCUGGUGACGAUGUUCUUAUCGACGCGUUCACCCGCGCAUACGAGGAUGGAGCAGAUAUCAUCACUGCCAGUAUUGGUGGCCCCAACGGCUGGACCGAGGAGCCAUGGACUGUUGUAGUCUCUCGCAUUGUUGCAGCUGGAACUCCUUGCACUCUUGCUGCUGGUAACGAUGGUUCAGAAGGCCUGUUCUACGGCUCUUCAGCCGCAGAUGGCAUUGGCGUCAUCGCUGUUGGAUCUAUUGACAACAUCGAGUCUCCUGUGUUCACCACCUAUGGCACGUACACUGUGGACAACUCGACUGAUGGUCAAUUUGGCUACCUGGCAGCUUCAAUUGGCAUGCCCAACGUCAGCCUACCGCUAUGGGCCGUCAGCAAGGACAGCACUAUCGUUGACGAUGCUUGCGAGCCUCUUCCUGCUGAUACCCCUGAUCUUACCGAAAAGCUUGUCCUCAUCCGUCGUGGCACUUGCACUUUCGACACCAAAGCUGCCAACGUGGCUGCAUUCGGAGCACAAUACAUUCUGUUUUACAACAACGCCCCUAGUCUCACCUCUCCCAGUGUCACCGAUUCUGAUAUUCUUGGUGCGGCAAUGGUCUCGGCUGAACAAGGUGCUUCUUGGGUUGCUAGUCUUGCUGCCGGUUCCGCCAUCCAGGUCAAUAUCGACGGCAAGUUGACUAUCUUCUCUAGCCCCGCUAACAACAUCACUGGCGGUCGUAUGUCUACGUUUUCGAUGUGGAACCCUACUAACGAGGCUUACGUCAAGCCUGAGAUCUCUGCUCCUGGCGGCAACAUCCUGUCCACUCUGCCUCUGGAGCAGGGCGGUUACGGAGUCCUGUCCGGCACUUCGAUGGCCACUCCCUUUGUCGCUGGUGUUGUUGCACUCAUGAAGCAGGCUCGCCCUGAUCUUGAGCCUCAUACUAUUCGUAGUAUCCUCGGUACUACUGGUCAUCCUGUCACUUUCAACGACGGCAAGACCACUUAUGAUUACUUUGCUCCGGUAGUUCAGCAGGGAGGUGGCGAGGUCAAUGCUUUUGCUGCCGUUCACACGUCGACCGUCAUCGAUGUUGCCAACCUUGCUUUCAACGACACAGCACACUUUGUCCAAGAGGCAAACUUCACUAUCACCAAUCGUGGUAACAGCGACAUUACUUACAACCUUGACUACGUCAAUGCUGCCACCGCCUACACUCUUCCUGAUGAUGGCAGUACCCAACCUCAAACCUUCCCUCCGGACCUCGUCACCUCUGGCGCAAGUGUGCAUUUCAGCUCUGGUAGCAUCAGCGUCGCUGCUGGCAAGUCUGAGGUUGUCAUUGUCACUCUCUCGCUUCCUAAGGACCUUGCAACCGCUCGUAUCCCUGUAUACUCAGGCUUCAUCACUAUUAACGGUACCAAUGGCGAUUCUCUCAACCUCCCUUACGCUGGUGUUGCCUCUUCGCUCAAGGAUGCCACCGUUCUCGAUGCCAGUACUGGAUACCCUUAUAUUACCAGCACAUCUGACAACACUUUCGUUCCUGUGGAUGCUGGCACUGUCUUCACCAUCUCAAUCGCCAACACGACUGUGAACGGCACUACCGAUAACUCGACCGGUCUGCUGAUCCCCAACUUGAGAAUUGGUCUUGUCAUGCCAUCGUCUUUGAUUCGAGCUGAUCUCCUUCCCUCGAACUCCACAUAUGGUACCUACACCAACACUACUACUAUCCUCGGUGUAAAGACGCUUGGUGCUAUUGCUGGUACGCCUUCUGUCUACCAGCCUAGAGCUAAUGCUUGGAAUACUGCUUUCUAUGGUGUCCUGGACGAUGGCAGAAGAGUACCUGCUGGAACUUACUCCAUUCUUGUCCGCGCCUUGAGAAUCUUCGGAGACGCGACAAACCCUGAUGAUUACGAUAGUGCUGAGACUGAGCCUUUCACAAUUAGAUAUGUUCAUUAA